AUGCCUACCACUGUGCCAUCCCCAACAAAUCAUACUAUCGCGACCGAUGGUUUUCUACCAUCAAAUGCCGUAACAAUAACAACCAACAACAUUCAGCCCACCGUCGGCCCAACAACUGAAAAUACUGCUGUUACCACAGCAACUACUUCGAUGUUAUUGACUGAUAGAUCGGAAAAAACGAACCCUGCGGUGAUAGCAAAUUUCACUGGUCAAGAUGUGAUUCCAAAUGCCAAUGAAACCACUGUUGUUCUAUCAGCAACGUCUCCGGCGUUUACCCCUAGUGAUGCAACAACAAGCAUCAACAAAAUAUCAACUGAGACGUUUAUAAAUUCCCCAACAACAACUUUCAUGGCUACAUCAGUUAAUAAGUCACUAUCAUCAAAUCAAACAACUAUGACCACAGCCGUGAGAAAUUUGUCACCGAACGAAAUUACAACUCUUGCGAUGAGUGAAGUCACAUCUGCAUCAGCGGAGAAAGAUGAAACUAGCAUAUCCGGUUAUGCAACUGAAGCACCCACAGUAGACUUUAAUUUGACAACAGCAAUUUCUGUAGCGGUGUUAACUUAUAGCACAACAGCAUCAAAUUCCACAGUGUUUUCCAAUGCCACCAAUAAAAUUCUACCAGAGGUCGUUUCAUCUGUCACAACUGUGACUGAAUCAACAACAAAUUCAACUACCGGUAGUUUAUGGCCAAACAAUCAGACUGCCACACCCACUUCUAUUACAGCUGUACCAAUGAACGCUACAUCAACUGCACUUUCCAAUAAUUCAUCUGCGAGUGAGGCCUCUACUUCUAAAUAUGUUACCAGUAUUGCUAAAAAUGUUACAUCUGAAUCGGGAUCAUCAACAUCAAUGACAAACUUCAGUUCAGUGACCUCUCGCACCAGUUUUAUUCCAGUAACAAUAACUUCAACAGAUGAAGAUGUUACAGCGAAAAACACAUCAUUAGUAAAGAUGAAUCCUGCCACAACUGAGGAACUAACUGCUUUCAAUGUGACAAAAAACACUUCACCCACUCCAUCCGUGACUGUGACAAUAUCAAAUGCUAUUGUGGGAAUAAAUACCGGAUCCAAUAAAAUACUUACAAAUGCUUCGGUGCCAAGUCAAUCUGAAACUACUCCUGUGACCGUGUCACGUAAUAUUCACAAUACAACUGCUGAUAAACCAACAAGUAGGCCUGCAUUAGAAUUGACAUCAUCUACUAAUGUCACAGUAGGCAGUUCGUUUCCUGCCUUUUCUACGUACUCACCGACAACAACAGCUCCAGUGAAGACACCGACUACAACCGAAAAGUCUGUUACCAGUAAUCAGAAAAAUGUAACUGCUGCAAUGCCAUUAACACCUACAGUGAUGCCGAUGUCAAAUAUUACGACGUCAAAUAUAAUCGAAUUCUCAACGAAUGUUAAACCUAAAAAUGUUGUAUCCAACGCCACCCAAACUCCGACAACAAUAGCAACAUCUUCGCCAAAAGCUAUCUCGGGCAUAACCACAAACGCCGAUGCAUUAGUUACCACUAAUAAAUCAAUAGUCACGGACGGGAUUGAAAGUACAACUGUUUCUGCUAUAGUUGUCAGUGAAACAGCCACGAAGCUGGAAUCAAAUACGGAAUCAGUAACUGAUGCAAAAUUAUCGGACGACAUCGAGCAAACAACAAAGAAAAUCACGACAGACGUAAAGACUGAGGCAGCAACAUCAUUGCCAAUUCCUACUUCAAUCGCCCAAACGCUAUCAACAGAAAACCAAGUUUUUUCAAAAACGGAAAUGACCACUGGAGAAUCUCUUGUCAAUAAAUCACGUAUAGUUUCAGGAUCUUCGCCUACUUAUUCUACCCAUUCAGAAACAACAGCUGAGAAUUUGUCGGAAACAAUCACCGGUAUAACUACCAAUUCUGCUGCGUCAACAAAAACGACCAAUGCUGUUAAUUCUACGGAAGUAUCAGGUUCAACGGUAACAACUAGCAAAUCGUCGAAAAUGACUGUUUUGGGGUCGACGACUAAACUAAUGCUCUCUACCGCUGAGUCGUCGGUUACAUACAUUAAUGUUGACUCAGUCGCAACAUCUUCGAAAAGUUCAGAUGAGACUCUGAUAUCCACGACUCCUGUUACAACAGGAGCCAAAAUGUUAACUGGUGACACAAUACCAACCCCAACGACUCCCUCUGAAUCGAACACGACCACGAUAAACAUUACACGGGCAGUCAGUGGCGCAGGGUACACUGGUUCUGUCUCAGAAAAUACCAUAGCCACCACUGACUCUACGGAGUAUACGGUAUAUGUUGAUAAAGUCAGCACUGUUGGUACAUACGUCAAUGAUGUUGUUGAAUCAACCAUUGCUGAAGUUGGCAAUACGGCUUGGCCAAGCGAGGCUACAACUGUGUCGACCACGCCUUCUCCAGGUAAGCAAUAA